UCCGGAGGCUAGCAACUGUUGCCUUGAGGACGAGCGCCAUAGUCACCGUAGUCCUGGCGACUGUUACCCCGUCAAACAACAACUUACGCCACAAAGUGGGCAAAGUGGAGAGUGCCAUUUAACAGUACCACCUGCAGGGGUUGGUAUGGCAACACAGGCCUACGUUACAGAACUCCCACCAGCUCAACAACAGCCUCAACAGCAGCAGCAACAGCCGCAGUCGCAACAGCAGCAACAACCAACUCAACAACAGUAUGUCACGGACUUGCAGACUGCUGCACAACCAUCACAACAACAACAGCAGCAACAACCACCAUCAUCCCAAAAACAAUAUGUCAGUGAGCUACAGGUAUCACAGCAGCAACAACAACAGCCUUCUGCUCAGUUGUCACCAGUAACAGCACCACAGCAGUACAUUGUGGUUACAGUGUCAGAAGCAAACAUGAGGCCAACCGAGACAGGUUCAGAUUCCAGCUCCUCUUCAGCUGGUGCACAGUCUGGAGUGCCGACACAGGUGGUACAGCAGGUACAAGCAUCGCAGCAGAGGCUUCUAGUACAGAAUGCUGUGCAGUCGAAAGUGGACCAGUUCCCGCAGCUCCAGCUGCCGGGAGUCCAGCAGGUAGCAGUAAUGCAUCAGAGGUCUGUUGUGCAAACAACACCCCAGGCUGCUAAAACUAGCCAAGUUCAGCAGUUAUCAGUACAAGCGCUUCAGCAAGUUCAUGUUUCUCAGGAGGUUCAGCAGUUACAACAGGUCCCAGUGCAGCCGGUUCAGCAUGUCUACUCGAACCAAGUGCAGUAUGUAGAAGGGGGUGAUGCCAGCUAUACAGGAAGCACAAUACGUUCAAACACCUACCCUUACUCAGAAACUCAGCUGUACAACCAGAACACAAGCGGGAGUUACUAUGAAUCUCAGGGGACACCAAACCAGGUUGCUACGCCGGUGACUUCGCAGAACGUGGUCAGUAGUGGAACGGUGCCAAUGUAUGUCACGGGAGGGCAGAUUGUGGCCAACCCAGGAGGAGGGACCUAUGUCAUCCAGGGAGGUUACAUGCUGGGGAGCUCCAGUCAGUCUUACAGUCACACCAUGCGUGCCUCUCCAGCCACAGUUCAGUGGUUAUUAGAUAACUAUGAAACUGCAGAAGGAGUGAGUUUGCCUCGAAGCACUCUAUACUGUCACUACCUGCUACACUGCCAGGAGCAGAAACUGGAGCCUGUAAAUGCUGCCUCAUUUGGCAAACUGAUACGAUCAGUGUUCAUGGGACUCCGAACCCGGAGACUUGGCACACGGGGAAAUUCAAAGUAUCACUAUUAUGGGCUUCGCAUUAAAGCAAACUCGCCAUUAAUUCGACUGAUAGAAGAUCAACAACACCUGGCCAUAAGGCAACAGCCGUUCACACAGAAACAGAGUCCGUUUUCUCCUUCAUGCUACAGACUGAAGCCAAUCCAGAAGGUGGAGGGGAUGACAAAUGGUAUGGGAGUUGGGCAGCAACAGGGUGGUGGCCUGUCAGAUAUCAGCGCGCAGGUCCAGCAGUAUCAGCAAUUCUUGGAUGCUUCUCGGGCUCUACCAGAAUUUGUUGAAAUAGACUUGCAGGGAAAAACAUUGCCAGAUGGUAUCACUAUGGAACACAUCAAGGCUUUCCAACUACUCUAUCGGGAACACUGUGAGGAGUACAUCGUUGGUAUCUCUAACAUGCCCUUCUGUACUUCGAUGAGGCAUGGUAUUUACACAUCAAAGUGUAGAUUGGCUUGAUGUACCUUGACCACAAGAAUCCCAAUCUAGCCAGUUAUCUGCUCUCCAUGAUCAGCAAAGUGAUGCAAGGUAUCAUUGACAGUGCUGUUAUACUAACAACUUCCUCACACAAACAUUAUAAUCUGUAUU